AGUCGGUGGUUGUGCGUCGUGCCGUGCAGGGAUCGCCGGGUCAACCCGUCUCGGAGCUGUACCGCGGUCAUUGUCGGCAAUUUGUCAGUACAGUGGAACGCAGAGUAGGGUAACCGACAGAGCCAAGGCCAAAUAAUCAUCCGUCAAGUGAUAAUGUGUGUCUCGGAGACGGGCGGACGGUAUGGCACCACGUGAUCGAGUUAGCUGCGGCUGUAAACAUCCCGCUCUGUGGAAGUGGAAGUGCCUGCGGCGCCAGUCGCAGUGUGGUAUGCUGAUGGGUCUGGAGCGGUCCCUUCAACAGAGGGUGGCUGAUCAGACGGACAGCAGGAGACACCCAGCCAUGGCGGGGCCCAGGUGCCGGAUAACACCCCUUUCCGUGACUGUGGCAGCCGUCGUGCUGGUGGUGCUGCCGCUGCAUACCGAGUCGGCCGCGGUGCAGUCGGCAGAUGAGCCGCCGUCACGGCCGCCCUUGCAGCGACCGUCCAUGCUGCAGCCCGUCUUCCUCAACACCACGCGGCACGUGCAGGCGCCCGUCGGCCGGCCCGCCUACCUGCACUGCAUCGUCCAGCAUCCAGGCGACAGAACGAUCUCCUGGGUGCGCCGCAAAGACCUGCACAUUCUGACGGUGGGCGAGUACACGUACUCGAGCGACCAGAGGUUCCAGUCACUGCACGUGCCGGGCACACAGGAGUGGACGCUGAAGGUGCGCUCCCCCACACCGGCCGACAGCGGCGUGUACGACUGUCAAGUCAGCACCGAGCCCCGGAUGAGCCUGGCGUUCCAGCUGGAUGUCACGGUGUCGCAGGCGCGCAUUCUCGGCAGCCCAGAGCUUCACGUCAAGACGGGCAGUGACGUCAAUCUGACGUGUGAGGUGGCCCACAACACGAGAGUCUUCUACUGGUAUCACAACGGUGACGUCAUCAACCACAGCGGCCGGCCGCGACUGCGGCUGGAGACGGAGCCCACCGUCAGCAGGCUGUAUAUCACGCGGAUGACGGCCAACGACACGGGUACCUACACGUGCGGCCCGUCGGGCGCCGAGCCGGCCUCUGUGGUCGUCCACGCCAUCAACGGCGGGCACCCGGCGGCGAUGCAGCACAACUCGGCCGGUCUGAGUCGGCCGGCCGGCUGGCCGCUGCUGAUCGCGCUGCUUUGGCUGCCGCUGCUGGUGUCCACGGUGGUGGCACAGGCGCACAGCGGAGACUGAGGGAUCUCAGAGGCCAGCUCUCACAAAUCUGACCAACUGAGUCUCGGAGGAGGUCGGUGCGGGGCUGAACCUGUGAUGCGUUACAUUAUAUCGGUGAUGGACGCAAUCCUGCGUAAUAAUGAACACCGAUUCCUUACAACCCGAUCACAGACGGAUUGCAGAGGGACCGCUUGACGAUAACACGGGGCUCUAUGAGCAUGGCAGUAUGUAACUCGUUAUCGGAGGAUUGGCUCAGAUCCUAAGGGAUCAUUGGAUGAACAGCUGCUGAGAGUCACAUGGAGCUCGACUGCUGUAAGGUUUACAACUGUGACACACCGCGGCUUUGCCACGCGACUAACAAUGUUAUGUAUACGUAUUGUACAGUGAAGGGGAGCAUGAUUAUGUGCGACAGACCUACCGUCUCUUCAUGGCAGAGCUGAUAACGUUACCCGGCGCCACAAAUUGGCUCGGCGUCGCGUGACACCAGUGUGACCUGGACACUACUCUACAAUGGACCAGACUAUCGUAUCAAAGGAGCGUCCAUGGUGACUACUCUCCGCGCAAAAGGACAAUUGGCGCUGCCCCAGUAGCGGAGCCAGGUCUCUUUGUGACAAUUGUUCAGUAAUAUGACUUUAUAAUGUGACUUUAUAAAGUCACAAAGAGACUUUAUAAAGUCUCUUUGUGACCUUUGCUGCUAUCGAUGAUGACUGUUUUAAGUGGCCGCGCGAUGCUGAGUCAGCUGAAACGUACGGGGCCGGUGUGCCCUGGCUGCGUCACGCUCGACAGCUGAAGUGUUCGGAGAGGCGUACUCUGUCGCAGGCAGUCCGUGACGGUCCGUCGGCUCCUCAGAAGUCGGCGAGGAGCGAGUACAAACCGGUGUGGCGGAUCUGAGCUCCGACUAGGCUGGCACGGUUCAGACUCUGUACCGACGCUGGGUGUUAGCUGUCCAGUGGAACCCUGACGCGCGCUGUGGAUCGGGGUGUGCUCGUGCAGUGCUGCGAUGCAGUGCUAGUGGAAUACUUGUCAUCAUCCCUGAUAAAAUCAUGGAUGUGUAGAUCUUGGUCUCAUCGGUCACAUCGGCCACCUUCCUGCUGUUAGAAUGAAGUUUGAGAGAUCACGCAACAUGAAUGGGCUGGCGGCCCCAUUGGACAUUGGUUUGAAAGAAACAGGAUCAUUGUUUAUCAUUUGUUGCCUAAUUUUGCCAACUCACUACUAAAUGCUUCAUUAUAUUUAUAGGCAUGCAUCGCAACCGUAUACACUUUCGUCUUAGCCAUUAAUUUUGUCACAAGGCGUGUUGCGAAAGUAUCGAUGUUGUAUCAGGAACUAACAAUGGGACGCUUGGGUGCAAUUGUAUAACUAACAGUGGCGCAUCAUAAUGCAUUCACUGAUCAUUGGUAAAAGAAAUAUUGUAAUAAAUAUCAAUGUGAUAUGGG